AUGUCUGCCGUUGUCGAACAAUUAUGUGGUAUUUUGUUCUUUUACAACAUUAUCACCAAAGACGAGGAGGUUAGGUUCUUCUGGUCAAAUCCAAGGAAUGCCAAUGGGGUCGCCUUUUUCAUUCUCUGCUAUGUCGGGCUUAUUGGUGGGCUUGCCUUUGUUAUAAAUAUUACUGACUGGACCAAUCUACUCAGUAGAUGGCUUGUUAUUGUAUUAAUGGAGUACAGGAUAUUGAGUAUUUGCCUCAAAAGUCUAAUAGGCAUAGGCAUGGCUGGCUCUCUCUGUAUAUUGAUUCUUUAUGAAGUGGAAUCUGGUGUUAAGCUUAUAAAGCCAGGCCUUUUAAUGUGUGAGAGUCAGAGAAAUUUUCCUCAAUUAGUAAUACAACUGUACCUUGCCUUCUGCUGUGUUAUGCUAAUCAGCAGUUCCCUGGUCUCUAAACCAGACGUAGCAAAAGUGUUCAAUGCGAUUGGAAACCCAAUGAUUGCAUGCAUCAUCGGAUGUCGGAUUCUGCUAAAUUUGAAAGAAGCAGGAAAGAGAGAUACGAAUGGUGGGACGCUGGACAGGGUGGGGCCAGCCAGUAAUAUACAGUUUGCGCAGCGUAGGACCUCUUCGCCGUUGCAUGCUUAG